UCACACCUCGUGGACGGGAAGAAGCGUCCCCGUUCUGCCGGCCAAAGCACGUACCCGCGUACUUCCAGGGGAAGAAAAGGUGCGGCCUCGAGGCCAGUGGGCUCGGGACCUCGCAUCUCUCCCGUCCGUUUCCUUGCUUCGCCGACAGCCCAAACAGCUCGAGGCCCGAGAGCCAACGCAUGCGUGCGCCAUGGCAGCCAUGGAAGCGGCAAACGCCCAAUAUCACAAUGGGCACAGCCAACAGCCCGCAUCACCCACCCUCACAAACCCCGACAUGAUCCUGCCGGACUAUGAUCGCAGCGAGUCCCCUGGCCCUGACCUUGGCCGCCGCGCACACCCGUCGCUCACCAUGUGGAACAACGCACACGUCUCUCCGUCGGGCCCCGAUAUGCACCACAUGUUUGUCGCAACGGGUCUGGCAGGACCGCACCCAUACGGCACCCCUGGCCCGGUCACGCCCACCACACCCAUCAUCUAUGGCAACGGCACUAUGCUGUCGGAUAUUGGAGAGGUCACGGAGGUUGAGAGCACCGUGGGGAAGUCGUCGCCGGCGCGGACGAAGUCGGCCAUUCGGAGACCUGGAUCCCCGAAGCACGGGAGCGGGAGCGACACAGCAGGACUCCGGUCGUCUCCGACGAUGGGCGCAACAGCCAUGAUAAAGAAGUCCAAACAGAGCUUGAAAGCCAAACGCGAACGCCGAUCAAGCAUUGAGAGUGACAGCACCAUCACGACAGAAGACCAUGCGGGGGCUUUCGCUGACUUUGACGACUCCGUCAGUGUGGGCGACAGCGUCUUUCAAGGGGAUGACGAAGAGAGCAUGGCGUCUUCCUACGUGGAGGGGACGGCGGCCAUUGAGCCUGCCCGGCUGGGGGUCGCCAAAGCGGAGAAUCUCGAUCGCCUGUCUACAUACUCGACCACAUCACUGAGCCGGCGAGCAGAGGAGAUCCUUGCAAACGCCAAGAAAAGGCUGACGACGAUGGAGGGCAAUCUGACCCGGGCGCGCAGCUCGUUGCACUACGCAUCCCCCUAUGGCUCGGACGGGUCGACGCCCUCCCCACCUCUGCAGCGAGCCGCCACAGCCAUGUAUCCGCCAGAGCAUAGCAUGGACACCGGCGCUGCGCAACCUGACCAUGACCACACCCCCGGACACACGCGUAUGUUGAGCGAUGUUUCCAUGCGGAACGGGUUGCCAUAUCGAGUGUCGUUGCCGAGGUCGCAAAGCGCCCUUGGGGCCGCUGGCGGUUACCGACAGCCAUUGACGGCAUCAAAGAGCGCCGACUAUAUCCGCGGUGGCAUGGACGGUAACCCGCUCUCGCCCGGCUACAGAGCCAGUUCGUAUAUGGAAGCCGGUCCGAGCCCUCUGACAGAAGAUGUUGUUGCGCGCCUUGGAGAAGCGGACAGCUCUAGCCAAAACGCGAGGCUUGAAGCGUUUCUUAGCCCCACUUUUGGGUCGUCCCAUAGCGACAAUGGCGUGAGGAAUGUCCAAAGAUCAUCUUCGGCAGCUCAAAUGCGAGACAUCAAGGACCAGAUGAGAGAUCUAAAGGGCAAGAUCUCUAGCCUGCGAGAGCAGGCUCGGGUAGACAGCCUAAAGCGGCGGAGUCUGCAGAGUCUCCGGACACCCAGCCCCUUCACGCAUGCGCAGAUAGACCAGUGGUAUGCGGAGCCUCGAUCGAACAGGACGUCCGAAAUUAUCACCAGCAAUCCUCCAGGCAGGGACCUGUGGAACGGUGAGGAACCGAGCGUGGAUGGCGACACCAAGGAGCGUGCGGCGACCAACCAUGUCGAAGGGGAAGACACGGAUUAUUUUGAUGCAGAGCACGAGAUUCAGCAUGAACAACCGGCGGGCCGCUCCCCAAGUACUACCGACCUUUUGUCGCCUUCAGCUCCCGAUCCGGAGGCCAAUGGAGGAGUUGAGGACGAUGGCUCGGACAUGCUCACAGAAAACGGUGACGUGGACGAGGGACAGGAAGAUAACUUCCACGACGCUGACGACGCUGAUUACAUGAGCGAGAGUGGAGAAUCGCUCUACCAUGAUACAGUCCAGCACCAAAUCUCUCAUGAGGACCGUGAAGACGCUUUCGACUACGAACACUUCUUCCUCCACAGCGCCAUGGGCACCAUGAGCUUGGCAAGACGAGCAAGCACAGACACAGAGAGCUUCGCGUCAGAUGACUCGGUAGAAACGACCCGAGGGCCUGCAGCAGAUGGGUCAAACGGCGAUGACUACAGCCCUAAAGCCUCCCCCGUCUUGGCCCGGCGGAAUAGCAGCAACUCGAUCUCAACCAUUGACACCUUUGCCACAGCCCAAGAGAGCCGGUCUCUGAAAUCCCCAGUGAUUUCCGAGGACGUUCCGCUUACAUCCACUGGGAUGUAUGGCACUUCGUCGAGAGCGAGUUCUGCGCAAAGCCACCGAUACAGGUCCGGAAGUACGGCAACGGCCAGGAGGUUAUCGCUCAACCCAGCAUCUAACAUUGCAACGCGCGACAGCGACGGCUCUAUCUCUCCCAUAGCUGAGGAGGAUUCCACCUCACCGGCACGCGGAGCGAAUUCCACUGCCCAACGAGGAAGCCGCCGUGCUUCAGUGAUCCAUCGCCCCUUAUCCACCGCCGCGUCCCUGCACCGCCCUUCCGUCUCCUCUUUCGAGUCGGUUGGCACCAACCGGAGCUUUCCUCUUGUCACCAACAAACCACCUUCUCUUUCCGGGGCGGGAACAAAGAAGGCGAACAGCACCGGCGUGCUAACGCCGCGGGACUCGCCCGAUCAGGAACUGAACAGCAUCGCCAGCAGGCUGAUGAGCGACAUGGGCAACGCAGUCAACGGCAGUGGCGAUGGGGGCGGCGGCGAUGGCAAGCAUCCGCUGGAGGCGCUGCUGAGAGAGGACAAGUACCUCGUCGAGCGGCUGGUGGCGAGCUUGGGGCGGUGUGUGCUGGGCCUGACCGAGAAUGGGCGGGCCAGCGCCGAGAGCCGGAUGUACAGGCGCAGGAUCGAUGCGGCGAGAAGGAUUCUGGAGGGCUUGGAGGCUGCGGAGGGGGAAUGAAAUUCAAGCUUGUUGAGCUUACUCCUUCCUCCCUGAAUCAGCUUUUCGUUUAUGGCGUCUUUGGCAUGGCGUCGACAGGAAAUGGCUUGGCUACGAAGAUACGUGGUGGUAGGGGAAAAAAAGGCAAGUAAUUGGUAAUGAUCAAAACCAGCUGGCGUCGUCAGGUGUCGCGGAAAGGGGAGAAAAGGGCGUUAUUUUCGCGGCGGUGUUGACAAAUGGGCAUGAGCCUCCG